AUGAGAUUGCCCAACGCUUUUGCCGUCCGAAUCCUGUCAUCGUCGAGUGGGAAACGACCACCAUGUUGCUCCAAUGGAGGAUUGAACUCGAGCCUCGAGAUAUUAUUAGGAUCGAAGCAAUCAUUUUCCAGUUCCACCAACAAGGAAGACUUCACUGGUCCCCUGAAUACUCAUGCUUCCACCUUGACAACCGUGUCCGCUGAUUCUUCAACAGCCGAGCUAUUCUCCGGCGAUCCUGGUCACCGUACUUUCGGCAAUGCGGGUCCCAUCCUCAAUGCAUCCACUUCCGGGGCCGUCUCAUUUUCGAACCACAUCUACAGCUUGACGAGGAGCAAUCAGUACGGCGAGGCGAUCCGCGUGUUCGCCCAAAUGUUGAGUCAGGGGAUUUCACCGGACUGUUAUGUGCUGCCCAGUGUCGUCAAGGCGACUGCUGGGCUGUCGUCUUUGAAGACAGGGGUUCAAGUUCAUUGCUUGGCGUUUGUCAAUGGGCACCAUUCGGAUUCGCUUCUUCUGUCGUCUUUGGUUCAUUUCUACCUCAAGUGCGACAGAUUGAUGGAAGCCCGCAAGGUGUUUGAUAGAAUUCCCCGCCCCAAUGUGGUGGCUUGUAGCGCUCUGCUUUCGGGGUAUGCGCGAAAGGGCUGCGUGGAGGAGACGAAAGAGCUGCUUGGAGAAGCGGUGGAGAUGGGGCUGGAGCUGAAUUCGGUAUCUUGGAAUGGGAUGAUUGCCGGGUUUAAUCACAGCAGACAUUUCAAAGAUUCUAUCUUGAUGUUUCGUGAUAUGCAUUCGGAAGGGUUUAAGCCCGAUGGGACAAGCAUAUCUAGCGUCCUUCCUGCAGUUGGUGACUUGGAGAUGUUACCCUGUGGGGUUCAGAUUCAUGGCUGUGUGAUCAAGCAAGGUUUAUCCCAAGAUAACUGGGUCGUUAGCUCGCUUGUCGAUAUGUAUGGGAAGUGCGCACGUCCAAAUGAGAUGUCAAAAGUCUGCGAAGAGUUGCAUGAGAUGGAUGUUGGAGCUUGCAAUGCAUUGAUCACAGGGCUAUCCAGGACUGGCUGUGUGGAAGGUGCAUUGAAGAGAUUUAAACAAUUCAAGAGACAAGGACUCAAUUUGAAUGUAGUUUCAUGGACUUCAAUGAUAGCAAGCUGCUCACAGAAUGGAAAAGACAUGGAAGCUUUGGAACUCUUUAGAGAGAUGCAGAUGGAAGGACUCAAGCCAAACUCGGUGACAAUCCCAUGCUUGCUUCCAGCUUGCGGGAACAUUGCGGCACUAAUGCACGGGAAGGCAGUCCAUUGCUUCUCUCUGAAAAACUGGGUCUCAAAUGAUGUCUAUGUUGGUACAGCAUUGAUCGACAUGUAUGCUAACUGCGGCAGAAUACAAUUGUCUCGACGUUGUUUCGAUUCGAUGCCUAGGAGAAACCUGGUUUCCUGGAACGCAUUGCUAGGUGGAUACGCCAUGCAUGGAAAGACUAAAGAAGCAUUGGAAGUUUUCAACUUGAUGCAGAAGAGUGGUCAGGAACCUGACUUCAUCAGCUUUACUUCUGUUUUGUCUGCCUGCAGCCAAGGUGGGUUGACCGAGGAAGGUAAGUUCUAUUUUGAUAGCAUGUCGAAAGAUUAUGGGAUUGAACCAAGAUUAGAGCACUAUUCCUGCAUGGUCAGCCUUCUGGGCCGUGCUGGAAGGAUAGUCGAGGCAUACACGAUGGUGAAACAGAUGCCUAUGGAACCUGAUGGUUGUAUAUGGGGACCUUUGCUCAGUUCAUGCAGAGUUCAUCACAAUCUAGCUAUAGGAGAAAUUGCUGCACGAAAACUCUUCGAAUUGGAACCAAAUAAUCCCGGUAACUACGUUCUCUUAUCCAACAUCUAUGCAUCUAAAUCGAUGUGGGUUGAGGUGAAUUCAGUGAGAGAGAUGAUGAAGAGCAAGGGUUUGAGGAAGAAUCCUGGAUGUAGUUGGAUUGAGAUCAAGAACAAAGUGCACAUGCUUCUGGCUGGUGAUAAUUUGCAUCCUCAGAUGCCUGAGAUAACGAAAAAGUUGGGUGAACUGAGAGUAGAGAUGCAGAAGUCGGGUUACUUGCCGCAUACAGACUUUGUGUUGCAGGAUGUGGAGGAGCAGGAUAAGGAGGAGAUGUUGUGCGACCAUAGCGAGAAGUUGGCUGUUGCUUUGGGACUUCUGAAUACUAGUCGUGGGUUUCCACUUCAAGUGAUCAAGAACCUCAGGAUAUGUGGAGACUGCCAUGCUGUGAUAAAGUUCAUCUCUGAGUUUGAGGACAGGGAAAUUUUCGUCAGGGAUACGAAUCGGUUUCAUCAUUUCAAGGAUGGAGCCUGCUCUUGUGGAGACUUGUGGUGA